GGCUAAUGGUGUUGAGUUGAUGAGUAAUGUUGAUGACCUCUCUUAUCAAAUAUUUAUCAACCAAUUAUCACAGUGGAGUGAAGUAAUUUUGUCAGCAGGAAGUAUAGGUAGCCCCCAACUUCUCUUAUUAAGUGGAAUUGGCCCCUUAGAACAACUUAAUGAAUUGAACAUUACUGUAUUAUUAAAUCUGAAUUCAGUAGGGAAAAGGAUUCAAGAUCCACCACGCACAACAAUCAUUCUAGAAUCUCCUGAACCACUUGAAUUUGAACAAGUACAAGUAGUUGGCAUAAUAGAUAAUUCCCAAGUCAUCAUUGAGGCUGUUAGUUUUUUUGAACAACAAAAUGUCGUAGACUAUCAGUAUAUGGGAGCUAUUUUAACCAAGGUCUCUUAUCCCUUAUCAAGAGGUGAGCUUCAACUUAGUAACAAAAAUCCCCAAGAUAACCCACUUGUAAGAUAUAACUACUUUUCUCAUCCUUUUGAUAUACAAGAAUGCAUUCUUGGUGUGAGGUUAUUGUCAAAUCUUACCAUGACUACUUCUAUUCAGAAAUUUACCUUUAAGGGUAGUGGAAACUAUAACAUCCUUCAAUUUAUAGGGUUUGAGUUGCCACAAAAUCAAUUAGACAAUAAUGCUUUAGGAAAGUUUUGUAAAGAUACAGUACAAACAUUUUGGCAUUACCAUGGAGGGUGUGAAGUUGAUUAUGUGAUUGACAAAAGGCUUCAUGUGAAAGAUAUUGAUAAUUUGAGGGUCGUGGAUGCUUCAAUUUUCAAAGAUAGCCCUGGGACUAAUCCACAAGCCACUAUCAUGAUGCUUGGAAGGUAUGCUGGAGUUCAAAUCCUUCAAGAAUGGAUGAACAUUUGUGAAUAUUAAACCAUUUUCAAAUCUCGACAAAUAAAAUUUAUAUACAUUUU